CGCGACAAAACUCAAAAAAACAAAACCGGACCUAGUUUCUCCAGUUAUUUCCGUCUUCUCCUUGCCCUCACCCCCCGACAGUCGCUUCGGCCGCAGUUGAUGAGCUGGCUGUUACAGGGAAAAUUCAAAAUUCUCUUGAUAGUUUCGUCGCCGCCGCGCUCUCUAUUUGUGGUCCGACAAAACCAUGGACUUGACACUCGAAGAAUUGUACAACAGCCAGUAUGAUUCCGAAGACGAUGACAGCGAUUGGGAGCCUUCCGCUCUUUCCAACCAUAAUGUCGUCGAAAUUUCCAAGUGGUUUUGUCUCAACUGUACCAUGGUCAAUACUGGGGGUGCUUUUCACUGUGAUGUAUGUGGCGAGCAUAGAGAAUCAGGAAUCCUAAAGCGUGGGUUUUUGGCUUCUCCAUUUUGUAAAGCAGAAAGUCUCGCUGACAAUGAUUCUGUUGCAGCUAACGAACUCCGAGAUCCCCAUUUACAAAGUAUUGCAUCACAUAACCCUACUGCCAUAGGAUUUGAUGAAAGGAUGCUGCUUCAUGAAGAGGUUAUAAUGAAAUCACAUCCCCAUCCAGAAAGACCCGAUCGUCUUCGAGCCAUUGCUGCCAGCUUUUCAGCUGCAGGUAUAUUUCCUGGAAGAUGCGCUCCUAUCCCUGCAAGAGAAAUUACGCGAGAAGAACUCCUCAUGGUCCACUCCCUUGAGAAUAUUGAAGCUGUUGAGCUGACAAGUCAAAUGCUAUCUAGGAUGCAGUAUGAAACAGAUGAUUGGCAUAGGACCUAUUUCACCCCUGAUACCUACGCAAACCAGUAUUCAGCACACUCUGCGAGGCUUGCCGCUGGUUUAUGUUUUGAUCUUGCUGCGGCUAUAUAUUCUGGAAGUGCCAAAAAUGGUUUUGCUUUGGUUCGUCCUCCUGGUCACCAUGCUGGUGUAAAACAUGCCAUGGGUUUUUGCCUUCAUAACAAUGCAGCCCUUGCUGCAUCUGCAGCGCAGAUUGCUGGUGCUAAGAAGGUUCUAAUCAUUGACUGGGAUGUACAUCACGGAAAUGGCACGCAGGAGAUAUUCGAGAAAAAUAAAUCAGUUUUGUAUAUAUCUUUGCACAGACAUGAGGGUGGAAAGUUUUAUCCAGGCACUGGAUCUGCUUAUGAGAUUGGUUCAAUGGGUGCAGAAGGAUAUUGUGUAAAUAUUCCAUGGAGUCGUGGAGGAGUUGGCGACAAUGACUAUGUUUUUGCAUUUCAGCAAGUCGUGCUUCCAAUAGCUUCGGAGUUUGACCCGGAUUUUACAAUAAUAUCUGCUGGAUUUGAUGCUGCACGCGGUGACCCUCUUGGCUGCUGUGAUGUCACUCCUAAUGGAUAUGCACAGAUGGCCUACAUGUGCAGCGCUCUAUCUGGUGGAAAGUUACUUGUUAUCCUUGAGGGGGGGUAUAAUCUUCGAUCAAUAUCAUCCUCUGCUACCGCAGUAAUCAAGGUCUUACUUGGUGAAAUUGCAAAAUAUGAUAUGGAGCAAAUAAAUCCCACCAAGGCUGGACUGCGAACUGUCCUAGAAGUACUGAAAGUUCAGUCAAACUAUUGGCCUUCAGUGAAAUCCAGAUUUUUAAAACUACAAUCGGAAUGGGGGCAGCAUGCACUGCUGAAGAAAAAAAGGAAGAGAAAGAGAAGGGUGAAGGUGCCUGCAUGGUGGAAGUGGGGACGCAGAACCUUGUUAUAUAGGCUGUGGUGCAGGAAGCACUUGUGAGUAGACAGCUGCUGCUGCUGCUAACCAUUUGAGGCUGUACUUUCUGAUCCUUCUUUUUGAAAAAUUAGUUUAUGCAUCAUAAGAUUCAAAACUUAUAUUGAUGUGAUGUAUGAUGUAUCUAAUUUAGUAGUCAUUUUUAUGCAAUGAGUAGUGCACAUUGGUGCCAGUUGCUUAAUGUGUUA